AUGAAGGCGGGUUGCAGGCCCAAGAUCCCCCGCUGUGGGACGACGAUGACCCCGCCAUUGCGGCCGGGCGUCGUCAUAGGCGGGCAAUCAGGGCACUGCGGCGAGGCGGCGAACCACCUCGCCUGCUUGCCUCGCCGGGACGCCUCCUGUUCAAUGCAGCGACGGCGGCUGGUCAGGCGUAAUGUGAGGCGAUCCGUGCUUCGGAUUAUGACUGACUCUGCCCCUCGUGUAUGGGAUGAGACGGAAGGAUCGCGAGCUGCGUUAACUAUUUCGUUUCUGACUCUGGUGGUGCGAAUAGCAAACCAUUUCCGGACGGGAGCAAGCAGCGGCCGUGAGCGGGACGUGGAACUGGCGGCCGGGUUUUUGCGUCAUAGUUGGAUAAGGUCUGCUAGCGGGCCCCCCGCUUGCUCCCGCGCUGGCCGCAGGGAGUUGCGUCGCCGAGAACCCCGGCGCGCGCUGCGAUCAGGUGUCGCCGUCCGCUGCCGAAAGCCACUGGAGAGCCCGAGAGAGGCGUGA